AAUUUUAACUUAUUUUUUGUGCGCCAAGCAAGGGAUAAAAAUGCCAAAUAUUAUAAAUCAGGAAACAUUGAUUAAGCGGCAACGAUGAAAACGAUGAUGAUAAUAGCCAAUCAAAUAGGUUUAUUUGAUCAAGAAAUCCGUCUGCCAAAAUAUACAAAACCAAUUUAUUUCAUUUUCAUUCAUUCGUUAAUCGUUAGUAGCCGGCUAAUGUUUAAGAAUUUGUAACGAUUGCUUAUUUUAUUUAUUUAUUUUACUGCAAACUUAUAUUUUUGCUGUGGAAUUUUAAUAGAAUUAAAGAAUGGCUGAGGAAAAUGGAGUUAACAUUCCGAAAGAGGAAAAUGGUGAAGCAAUGGAGACUGAUAGUAAGCCAAAAGAGCUUGCGGAGUCUGGUUUAGCUGAUACUGUCAUUGCUAAAUUAGAGGAGCUUGUAACUAAUGGAAAGUUAACUUAUUCUGAAUUAGACGAAAGAGCUUUAGAAGCUUUAAAAGAAUUUCCCGUUGAUGGGGCCUUAUCUGUGCUAAAGGAAUUCAUGGAAAGUAGCCUUGAACAUGUGUCCAACAAGAGCGCCUAUCUUUGUGGAAUAAUGAAGACAUAUCGGCAAAAGUCCAAACUUGGUGCUUCUGCUGUUGCUGCUAAGGGACCAGAUGAGGAAAAGAUUAAAGCAAUAUUAGAUAGAACAGGCUACACCUUAGAUGUCACUACUGGUCAGCGUAAAUAUGGCGGACCACCACCUGACUGGGACAACAAAUCUCCACCUGGAGCUGGCUGUGAGGUGUUUGUUGGUAAAAUUCCUAAGACUAUAUUUGAGGAUGAAUUGAUUCCGGUGUUUGAAAAGUGUGGACAGAUUUGGGAUUUAAGAUUAAUGAUGGAUCCCUUGACUGGUCAAAAUCGUGGAUAUGCAUUUAUAACUUAUUGUAAUAGAGAAGCUGCUCAAUCAGCUGUUAAACAGCUGGAUAAUUAUGAAAUCAAAAGUGGAAAGAAUCUGAAAGUCAAUGUAUCAGUUCCUAAUCUUCGGCUUUUUGUCGGUAACAUCCCAAAGAGUAAGAGCAAAGACGAAAUCUUUGAAGAAUUUGGUAAAUUAACAGCUGGACUGUCCGAGGUCAUAAUCUACAGUACUCCUGACGAUAAAAGAAAAAACAGAGGCUUCUGCUUCUUAGAGUAUGAAUCUCAUAAAGCAGCUUCUUUAGGCAAAAGAAAGUUAGGCACUGGCCGUCUUAAAGUUUGGGGCUGUGAUAUUAUAGUGGAUUGGGCUGAUCCACAGGAAGAACCUGAUGAUGAAACAAUGUCAAAGGUGAAAGUGUUGUAUGCUCGUAAUUUAACUAAUGAAUUGACAGAAGAUAAGUUGAAGGAGAUGUUUGAAGCUCACGGUAAAGUGGAAAGAGUAAAAAAGAUCAAGGAUUAUGCUUUUAUUCAUUUUGCUGAAAGGGAACCUGCAGUCGCAGCUAUGGAAGAAUUUAAUGGCAAACAAUUUGGUGCAUCCACACUGGAAGUGUCUCUGGCCAAACCACCCUCAGAUAAAAAGAAAAAAGAAGAGGUUCUUAGAAAUAGGGAACGGAGAAUGAUGCAAACUCUUGGCAGAGGCGGCAUGAUGGUUGGAAUGUUACCUACACCUCCUCGAGGCAGAGGGGGACGAAUGCCUCCUAAUGCUCCCAGAAAUUAUGAUUAUGAUUACGAUUACUAUGGAGGAGGAGGGUUUGGUGAUUUUCCUGGAAAUGAUGCCGGUAGUUAUGGUGAACCCCCUUACUAUGAAGAUUUCUAUGCACCCCCUUUUGAGGACUACGGUUUUGAUUAUGGCUUCAACUCUCCUCCAAGGCCUUAUCCUUCUUCUCGUGGUCCACCACCACCCCCAGAACGAGUUCCUCGAUCUGGUGGAAGAGUUGCUCGUUCUGCUCCACCCAGAGGUUCACCCGGCCGAGGAGGUAGAGGUGGACCUCGUGGCCGGGGUGUAGCUCGAGGAGGAAUCGGUAAGCCUAUGGGGCGUGGUGGUGUCAAACCCAGGGGCACUAUGGCUGGUAAGCGUAAGUUUGAUAGUGGUCAACAGAACCAGGGGGCCUCCAAGCGCCGCUUCCAGAAUAGCCGAGGGUCUAUGGGUAAUUCCUGGGGUUCACAGCCCAUACCUCAACAACCACGUGGCGCCUCUGGGGGCGACGUCGAGUGGUACCAGGACUCCUUUGGCCAGCAGUGGUGAUUUUAAAAAAAACAUAUAAGUGAACUUUCUAUAAUUAACAGACUUGGCAUUUCCCAAGACUAGUUCUUAUUUGCUUAACUGGCAGGCAGAGUGGAUUGGGCAACAUGUGGGAACGCCUAAUAAUUUAAUCAAUUUGGGAUGUUGUGUUACUUUGUAAAAUAAAUCCACAUGCUGGCCUGGCCUGUUCCCACAUUUAGGCCCCCCACUCUGCUGGCUUACUAUCAAUUUUAUUGUCAACUAUUACAGACUAAAGUAGCUGUGUAAAACUCAUGUGUAUCUCUUUAAGUGAAAUUGUAAUCAUUUAUGGAUCUACUCUCGAGCAAAUGUCAUGUGUUUCUAAUCAUUUGAGUGUGUGUGUGUGUAUCAUUAUGUAAUUAUGUGAUUGCACAAUUUUUACUCUUUAGUUUUUUUCCCUUUCUUCCAUUCUGCAAUAUUCAAAAUCUGCAAAAAACCAAAGCAUGUAAUCAUGUGGAACUAGUGAAAUUUUUUAUACAAAAGAAAUAAAUUCUUCCCAAUCAUCCUUUAGUCCAAUUGUUAUAAAUCUUAUGCUGUAUAAAUUUUCUUUGAAGUUGUUUGAAGAAGUGCAUUUAAUUUUAACAAUGUAACACUUAAGUUCAGUGUAUUAGUGUCAUGUAUAUUAACAUAAAAGUAAAGAAAAACUUUGUCUUA